AUGUUGUUCAAAUUAAUUUUAAUAAUUAUAGCUUUAAUUGCUGUAACUGUAAAUAGCCAUGUUCAAAUGGUUGUACCAGAUAACAAAAAUGUGUUUGAUCUCAAUUUGUACGAAGAAGUAUUAGAUGCAGAACAAUGUGUGGAACAAAUAAGAUACAUUUUAAAUGAUAAUAUUCUUCUAAGCCAAUUUUUGACCUCGGGACCAAGAACUCCUCGAGGUAUAUUAAAGGGAAAUUUAGUUGAUAUGGGCAGUUACUAUGAAUGUUUGGAAAUACAAGAAAAAGUGGAAGAUAUGAGUAUUGAAGGCAAAUAUUGCAUGGUAAAUGUUCCAUUAAAUCAAAAUUUUAAUAUAAUGAACGUACCUGAGGAAUCAAAGUUGAAAGACAUAUCGUGGCCAGAUCUUCCAUGGCCAGAGUUAAAUUCAAAUACAACACGUAUAAAAAAGAAAACAUACGACGCUUUAAUAAAAUAUAAAUGGCUAAAAUCGGAAUUUAAUAAAAUACUAGGUUUAACAAUGGAAAAUACAUUGAGAAAUGAUAUCUCAAAUAAUCAGUUACCUAAUUUGGCAUUCAAUCUGGCCGUUUGUAUUCCAAAACCUUGUUCUGUGAACAUAACAAUAAAUAAUCUGUUGGGCAAUUUUGGUGGAGAAAGAUUGGAGAUCAGAGAGCGAUAUUGCAGACUUCCAAAUGACAAACCUUGGAUAGCUGUGGAUUAUGUGGCUAUAGCCAUAUUCUCCACUAUUGGUCUAUUAACUCUCUUGAGUACAUCUUACGACAUUCGUCACGUGAUAAUUCUGAAAAAAGAUCCAAAAACUAUGAACAAAUUAUAUCAGUCCUUCUCAAUAUACACAAAUACACGACGAUUAGUAACCUAUAAAGCCGUUCCUGGAGCUGUGGAAUGUUUGGAUGGAAUCAGGGCAUUUGCAAUGAUGUGGGUUAUAAUUGGUCAUACGUUUGCCAACCAAUUGGUAGGAGCUACAAUGUGGAACCCACUGGAUGCUUUCUACUGGAUAUCCUCCUUUUGGUCUCUUUGGAUUACAACAGCUCCUAUUACAGUUGAUACCUUCUUUACGAUAACUGGUAUUUUAUUAGUUUAUACAACAGCGGGAAAAAUGACAAGAUCAAAAUUUGUGAAGAAUAUUCACCUUUUCUACCUGAAUCGUUAUCUACGUCUUUUCCCUAUUCUGGCUGCUACUAUUCUCCUACAAGCAUCUUUUUUUAAUCAAGUUACUGAUGGGCCAGCUUGGGGUACCGUUGCUCAACAAACUCACCAAUGCAGAGUGCAUUGGUGGCCAACGUUAUUAUAUAUACAGAACUUCUAUAGCCCUGGAUUUACGUGUCUGCCUCAUACCUGGUACUUGGCGAUUGAUUUCCAGCUUUUCGUAUUAUCACCUCUCAUUCUCUUUUGGGUAGUUAGCGGAAGAAAGCGAACUGCUUGGGUAGCAUUGGUUUCUGGUUUAUUAAUAUCACUAAGUGCCGCUACUACAUUUAAUUUCAUAAUGGGAUUUCGUUCUGCCUCGAUAACAGUUAGUGAACCAAAGGAGGGCCAACCUAAUUACGAUACUGGAUUUUAUGUAAACACCCUGACAAGAGCUCCCCCAUUUUUUGUGGGAAUGAUUAUUGGCUAUGUGCUACAUCUCUGUAAAGGAAAAAAAAUCAUGAUACCGAAGAUUCAAGUGGUUUCUUUAUGGCUGAUAGCAAUAAUAUUAUCUUCAGCUGUAAUAUUCUGCAACUAUCCUCUUUUGCAACCGGAUUGGGACAAUCAAACUGCGGAUAACUUUAUCAAUUCUUUCCAACGAUCCACAUGGGCUUUGUGUAUUGGUUGGUUGAUAUUUUCCUGUGCACACGGAUAUGGAGGUCCUAUAAACUGGGUACUUUCUCUUCGUAUGUGGAAGAUAUUAGGAAGGCUUUCUUAUGCAAUGUACAUCCUUCACUAUCAACUUAAUUUUGUCGUCAACGGUACUCUUCUGGCACCUGUGUAUUUUAAUGUCGAAUUUACUAUUCACCGGUUUAUCAUUGAUUUUUCAAUAUCUCUGCUCGCCGCUUUUGUUAUCACUAUAUUUGUUGAUUCACCGUGUUCUGUGCUGAUUAAAUAUUUCCUCGGAGGAUCAAGAAGAAUAGAACAAAGGCCAACAACGGUAGAUUUAUCUAUUGAAAACAAGAAAGAUAAUGUUGAAUCUCCAUAA